AUGGGUGAUUCAAGUUCCGUGCUUCUUAUGAUCAUGGUGGUGUUUCUGAGUUCGACACCGAUCAUGGUCAUGGGGGAUGAUUUACAAUCACGCAUGGUAAUCGGUCCGCACUGUUCCGAUAAGUGUGGAAACAUUAGCAUUCCAUACCCUUUUGGCAUUGAAGAGGGUUGUUAUUAUGACGACCAGCACAAUAAUAACUCUAUACAUUCCAAGUUUUCCAGCUUUAAAAUCCAUUGUAAUCCCAGCAAUAGUAGUACUGGUUCCCCUACACCAAUUUUUGGUACCAACUUGGAGGUAUUAAAAAUUUCAGUAUUAGAGGGCGAGUUACGCUCAAAAUGGAAUGUUUCUUACAAUUAUUAUUAUUAUAACAAGAGUAGGUUUUAUAACCAUUAUAGGUGGGAAUCCAUCAACUUGGUUUCAUUUACCCUAUCUAGCACCAAAAACGUAUUAGUUGCUAUAGGGUGUGACACAUAUGCAUGGUUUUACGGGUUUGGAGGUGGCAAGAUAUAUCAAACAGGAUGCAUGUCCAUAUGCACGACGGACAUAGAAGAUGUGAUUGAUGGCGAAUGUACCGGUGUUGGUUGUUGUCAAGCCUCCAUUGCCGAUGGAGUUCACGACGUUAUUCCCAAUUGGACUAAAUUGGACCCAAACAACAACCAUAGUUAUGUGUAUAGAUUUAACCCAUGUAGUGUGGCAUUUCCGGUGGCAAGAGAUGCGUUUAGAUUUAACAUAACCUAUUUAAAUCGAAACUUGGAGUACUACGCUGACUUGGAGGUACCUGUUGUAUUCAGUUGGACCAUUGGACAAGACAAUUGUUCUGUGGCGAAAGCGAAUGGAAGCUGCUUGUGUAAAGAAAACGCAGUUUGCAUUGAUCCGGAGCAUGAAUUGGGGUAUCGUUGCAUAUGCAAACAGGGCUAUUCUGGCAACCCUUAUCUUCCUCGUGGAUGCAGAGACAUUGAUGAGUGCAAGGGAAAGAAUGAUUGUGAGAAAGCAAAGUAUUGUAUCAACACAGUUGGAAGUUAUUAUUGCAAGUGUCCAAGGCACUACCACGGGAAUGGGACUGCAUCCGAUCCUUGCAUUUCUAAUAGAAAGCCUUGGCUCACACCUGUUUUGGCUACCGCUGGUAUUGGUGGUGGCAUCAUAACUUUUCUCAUGAUUGGAUUUCUCUUGCAUUUUAUACACGGUAAAAGAAAAAUCAGAAUAAUGAGAGAGAGUUUUUUUCGACAAAAUGGUGGUUUUCUUCUACAUGAAAAGCUCUCUGGACGUGCGGAUACAUUAAAGAUCUUUACUAUGCAAGAUCUUGAAGUUGCGUGCAACAAUUAUAGCGACACAAACAUAAUUGGAAGAGGAGGUUUUGGAAUUGUUUACAAGGGAUUUUUGCCUGAUAACCAAGUUGUGGCAAUAAAAAAAUCACUCAAAGUGGAUCCAAGUCAAGUUGAUCAAUUCAUCAAUGAAGUUGUUGUUCUAUCACAAAUUAACAACAAAAAUAUUGUAAGGCUAAUAGGUUGUUGCUUGGAGAGUGGAGUGCCAUUGUUAGUGUACGAAUUCAUUAACAAUGGGACGUUGUAUGAUCACUUGCACGAUGCAAUGAAAGCGUCCAUUCUUAAAUGGCCAUUGCGGUUGAAGAUUGCAUCAGAGGUUGCCAAUGUACUAUCAUAUCUACACAACACUAUCUCAACAACGAUAAUUCAUAGAGAUAUGAAAUCGAUGAACAUACUCUUGGAUGAAAGUUACACUGCUAAGGUGACAGAUUUUGGAGCUUCAAGAUUGGUUCCACCGGAACAGAGUCAAUUUGCUACAAUGGUAUUAGGAACCCGAGGAUACUUGGAUCCUGAAUAUUUGCAGACAAGUGAAGUAACUGAAAAGAGUGAUGUUUACAGUUUUGGUGUUGUCUUGGUGGAGUUAUUGACAAGGAAAAAGGCCAUUUCUACUGCUAGGCCCGAAGCUGAGAAAUGUCUCGCUAUGCACUUCCUCCUCAAGUUAAGAGAAGGUCACUUGUCGGACAUUCCUGACAUGAACAUAGUGAGCGAGGGAACAAUUGAAGCAAUACAACAAAUGGCUAAUCUAGCUAAAUGGUGCUUGAUGUUGAAAGGAGAGGAAAGGCCUACCAUGAAGGAAGUUGCAAUGGAAUUGGAGACUAUCAGAAAGAGAUCUCAUGGUUCCCAUCCAUGGAAUGAUGAUGGAUCUGUUAAAAAAGAUUGUGAAUCUUUGCUCGGGGAAAUUCAAAGAUCAGACGAGUAUGGUGGUUGUAGUAGUGGCAUCGAAUCUAAUUCAUACGACUCUCACUUGCUCUCUUCUCUGAGAAGUGGCAGAUAAAUUAUAAAUCUCUAGAUGUUAGUUGUAGUGGUAAAAUACAUAUAGUAAUGAUGGGCAUAAUUAAUUCAUAAUAAUAGCUAUCCAGGACAAUUUUAUUUUCAUAUUUAACCAUAUAUGGAGUACAUUAUAGCUAAUUAUGUAAAAUAUAGAUGUUAUGUUUUAUAAAGAAUUUUUUAUUUUUUUAUUUUUUUUGACGCAUUUAUGAAGAAUAAUUGAAUUGUGUAUGUAUUACACAAUUUUAUCCUUACGUAUGUCAUGAGUUCAGGCGGUAAAUUAAAAUAGUUCCAAAUUUUUUGUUAAAAUUAAUAAAGGGAACUAAAUAACAACACAUCAUUUUAUUAUUAAAAACAAAUUUUGUACACUAGUAUGAGUUGUACCACUUACGGUGGAUAAUACAAAAAACAUGGAAAAUUCAAAGGCUCUCUCGUCCGCCUCUCGUUAUCUAACCUUCAAAAUUGACGCUUUAGAUUUAGACAUUAAAAUGUAAUUAAAAAAUAAUUGAAUUGUGUAUGUAUUACACAAUUAUAUCCUUAUGUAUGUCAUGAGUUCAGGCGGUAAAUUAAAAUAGCUCCAAAUUUUUUUAAAAAAUUAAUAAAGGGAACUAAAUAACAACACAUCAUUUUAUUAUUAAAAACAAAUAUUGUACACUAGUAUGAGUUGUACCACUUACGGUGGAUAAUACAAAAAACAUGAAAAAUUCAAAGGCUCUCGUCCGCCUCUCGUUAUCUAACCUUCAAAAUUGACG